GAACAGGCCAAUUUAUAAGAGCGGCUUGGUGAGUUUGAAUUUGACAUACCAUCACGUCUUUCUGUUCACCUUUAGAGUCUCUACCCAAACUCAAAAGCUCAAAAACUUGAUCGCCAAAACAUGUCACCUCAUACACCCUCGCUCCAAGGAGCCGAUCCUUCCACUUCAGGCAACGUCAUUCGCGGCGCUUUUGCUUUCGAAUCCGCUAUCACAGUCGCUGCCGGCUCUUACUUCCUGUUCUUUCCGCGUCAUUACCUGGGUCGAAUUUUGGGUACUGCUGCUACACAAAUAACGACAACAGCAGUACAAAUGACUCAGCAAUAUGGUGCUGCCAACAUCUUCGUCGGUGGCGCAGUCAGCCUCUACGUGUCCAACAACAGAGCCGCAGUCGAAUCGCGCAAGAUGGUGUAUCGAUACAUACUAGGCUGGGAAUUGUUGUUCGUGCCAGUCGUGGUAUGCCAAGCGCUCAUGAUGGAGGGAGGCAUCCCGAAGAGCUCGUUGCUAGCUACAGCCGGGCAGUUCGUGCCGUUUAUAGCAUGGAGAGUUUUUGCGCUUUUCUGUAAGCCUGAGUGGUUUGAAAGCUAUCAAGAGAGGAAGAAGGCGGAGUAGAAGAGCAAGCUUGAAGAGAUUCUAUAAACGUGUAUGUGGAGGAACUGCUAAGUGGAGGAACAGUAGGGGAGUUUGUGAUAUAGGGGGAAAGGCGGGAAGGGAAUUGUUGCUGGUAAUGACAAGGCUAUAUUGGUGGAUGUCUAAGCGCAAGGCUGAUGAAAGGAAGUAAAAGAUUACAAACAAACCUCCUGUCGAUUUUCCACCAGAACUUUUCUUAAGUAACUCCACAAUCUUCGAGAAUCUCCUCCAAGAUAAUCACUCUACUGUUA